AUGGCUGAUAGCAAGACUCUCACAGCAGCGUGCCACUGCCAAAGCAUCCAUUUCACCAUAACAAUUCCCGCAGUCUCCCUCCCCCUCAAAGUCCACAUAUGCCAUUGCAGCGUCUGUCGCUACACCCAUGGCACACCAUGUAUUUUCCACGCCCCACUACCAGCAGGCGUAGUACCACAGUUCGUCGUUCCUUCCAGCAUAGACAAACUGACACCCUACAACCACGCCGAGUCCCAGGGAACGCGGCAUUUCUGUAGUACCUGCGGUUGCCACAUCGGAGAUAAGUCACACGAUGACGGGGGCUGGGUGAUAUCCACGGCUAUCUUCACUAAGCCAAACCAGGGUCUAUGGGAGAUGCGCUCGCAUGCUUUUACAAACUCCUCGCUUGAUGGAGGGCUUUCCGCGAUGUUCUCGCAUAUUGGUGGUCGCCAGCUUGAUGUUUUUAACGAUUCCGGAGACAGCAUCCGAACAGGCGCAGUCAAAAACGAGGGCGAAGAAUUGCGCGCUGAAUGUCACUGCGGUGGCGUUUCGUUCUCUAUCGCCCGUCCUAGAAAGGAAUUUCUUGCUAGUCCUGCAAGCGAGGGAUGGGUUUUGCCAAGGGACACAACCAAGUGGCUUGCGCUUCUUGAUCUCUGUGAUGACUGUCGUCUGGUCGAUGGCUCCAAUGUCAUAGCUUGGAUGUUCGUUCCGAUUGAUCAUAUAUCUCCUUCUCCACUGGGAGAUUUGAUUAUCGGGUCGUCGAAAAGUUACAAGUCUAGUGAAGAGGUACUACGGACAUUCUGUGGGACCUGUGGUGCGACGGUGUUUUAUAGCUGUACCGACCGGCCGGGGAUAGUUGAUGUGGCGGUUGGUAUUUUGCGUGCGCCGGAGGGGGUGAUGGUUGAGAAUUGGGCAUUGUGGAGGGGGAGGAUUAGCUCUGGGGAUGAUGGAUUGAAGUAUGAUCCUGACUUUAGUGGAGCGUUGAUUGAGGGAUUGAAAGUAUGGGGGAAUAGGAGGGGUAUGCCGGAUGAUUUUGUUCUCCCACGAGUGUAG